AUGCAGGAGGAGCUGGACCAGUGGACGCUGCCGCGGGGGUACAGCAUGCGCAUCGCGGGCGCCAAAGUGACGGGCAAGCGCAAGGUGCGCUGGGUGUGCUUCCGGGGCGGCGAGGCGCGGCAGCACCGGGCGCCCGUCGACGAGGCCGUGCUGCUGCGCGCCAAGGCCGAGGGCCGCCGCAAGCCCACGACCGACCGCUCCAGCAAGAAGUGCGGCUGCCUGUUCAAGUUCGAGGCCGUCGAGACCGCCAAGGACGCCGACGUCUGGGUGCUGCACUACUCCAACGAGGAGCACAAGGCCCACAACCACGGCCCGUCCGACGCGGCGAGCGACCCGCGCGCCCGGAAGCUGCCGCCCUACGUGCGGGUCGAGGUCGAUCAGUGGCUGAGGGACGGGUGGCCGGUGAAUAAGAUCCAGGAGGAGUUGAGGGCGCGGGGCUUUACGAAUGUGCUGAACACGGACCUGUACAACCGUAAGAGGUCGCUGAGGAAGGGCGGGGUAGAGGGACAGAUGCUGGGUUGA